GUGUAAGCAAUAACUUCAGGAAAGUUCUCUGUACAUCAUCAAGUAUACAACUGUCUUGACCAGCGUUCAUUUAGGAAAAAAAAGGAAAUAUGGAUAAAGACAAAGACAUCCCUGAAUCCCAAAGCAAAAAAGUCUUUGGAUUAAAAGUGAAGAAGAAAAAGAAGAAAGCCGACAAAGCUUUGGUUUUUGCAAACAGAGGUGCUCUGGACGAUUCAGAGAAUAAAAGUGCUGUUGAAGAACCAUCAGGUGCAGAAAUUAAAAUUCCUGAACCCAGCAGUGAGCCUGUCCUCGCUGCCUACACGUCUUUUCGAAAAGUUACUAAUAAAAAGAGAUCCAAGCUUGUGACCAAGAUUUUGGAAAGUGAAAGCAAGCCACAAACAUUUCAGAUAUCCAUCACCAUCACAGAGGCUAGACAGCUGGUGGGUGAGAACAUUGACCCCAGUGUGGUAAUUGAAAUUGGAGAUGAAAAGAAGCAAACAUCAGUAAAAGAAGGCACAAAUGCACCUUUUUACAAUGAGUAUUUUGUGUUUGACUUUUUUGCACAUCAAGAGAUCUUUUUUGACAAAGUCAUUAAACUAUCAGUAAUGCAUUCAAAGAUCAUGAAAAGCUUUUGUGUGGGGUUGUUUAAGAUUGAUGUUGGAACUGUCUAUAAUCAACCUGGUCAUCAGUUUACCAAUAAAUGGGCAGCUCUUAUAGAUCCUGCAGACGUCAACACGGGGGUCAAAGGUCACUUAAAGUGUGACAUCUGUGUGACCGGGAAAGGAGAUGUGUUGCCCCGCUCUCAGAAGUUUAGUGAUGCUGAAGAACAAAUAGAAAAAAACCCACUGCUACCUAAAGGUUUCCCAUCUAUGCGUCCAUGGGCUCGCUAUUAUGUGAAAGUUUACAGAGCAGAAGGUCUUCCCAGAAUGAAUUCUAGCAUCAUGGCUAAUGUGACCAAGGCAUUUGUUAGCGACAACACAGCACUUAUAGACCCAUAUGUGGUAGUAUCAUUCUUUGGACAGAUGGGCCGGACCUCCACACAGAAGAGCACAGCAGACCCUGUAUGGAAUGAGCAGGUGGUAUUUAAAGAGAUGUUUCCACCUUUGUGUCAGAGGCUAAAAAUCCAGGUACUGGAUGAGGGUAGCAUGAAUGAUGUAGCUAUCGGGACUCAUUACAUUGAUCUGCGCAGAAUCUCUAAUGACCAGGAUGGAGAUAAUGGUUUCCUUCCUACAUUUGGUCCAGCCUGGGUCAACAUCUACGGUUCAGCCCGCAACUCCACACUUGUUGACGACAGUCAGGAGAUGAAUGAGGGAAUAGGGGAAGGGGUGUCCUUUCGAGGAAGAAUUUACAUCCAGCUUACUGUAGAAAUCCUGUCAGGAGGGGCAGAGACUAAAUCUCUUUCUUUGAAGCUGCCUUUUAAAGAUUCCAAGGGUGGGAAAGCAGCCACUAAAGACACCAAAGCUGCCGCAGGAGGGGCAGGUGGAGGAGAUGAAGACAAAAGCAAGGCUAUGGGAGCCAUGGUACUGCCUGUGGAUCCACCUGAAAUAAUCAGUGAAGAAGAUAAGGAGAACUUCCUGCUGUUUGGUGCUGUGUUUGAGGCGUCUAUGAUUGACAGGAGGAUUGGUGACAAACAUAUCUGCUUUGAAUUCACUAUUGGAAACUUUGGUAAUUCUAUUGAUGGUGCUGCUUUACCAACCACCAAGAAAAAAGUAGAUUUAAAUCAAGAACCUGCCAUGACUACUCCUCUCCUAGAAGUUCAACCAUCAAAGCACUGCAAAUCCACCACACCUGCAGAAAAGCCUCUUAUUGGAGAUGGAUUCAGGAACUACUUCUACUUACCCAUUUCAAACAAAAAACCAUGUGCCCAUGUGUGGAGCUCAUGGGAGGACUGGGCAUACCGCCUUCACCAUUCAAACAUGCUGGACAGGAUAGCAAUUAUGUUUGAAGAGGGAGUAGCCAAGGUGGCAGAACUGGACAAGCUGGUGGAUCCAUGUGCAGAGCCCUUUAUGCGUGCUGUUUUACAAGACUUUUGUAAGGAUGCCAGAGAGUUUAUCAGUUUUGCUGAAAAGAAGGCAAAAGGAGCCAAUUUAACAAUGUUGGAUAGGAAGAGGCUCAUGCUGUGCAAACAGGAACUGGAGAGCAUAAUAGGUGUAACUGGAACCAUCACUGAACCUAAGAGAAAACCUCUAACUGUCAAGGAGAUGUUGCGAGAGGCAGAGAAGCUCGCUCGUAGAAUCAGAUUUUUGGUGGAAGAGCCACAGCACACACUGCCAGAUAUAUUUGUAUGGAUGCUUAGCAAUAAUAAACGCAUAGCAUAUGCCCGCAUCCCUGCACGCCACCUGCUUUACUCUGAUAACCUUGAGGAAAGAGGAAUAGACUGUGGCGUGAUCAAAACCCUGUUCCUAAAGCCCCCAUCCAAACGUGGAGCAAUUGGCUGGAUAGUGCAAGCUAAAUUGGAUGUGUACUUGUGGCUGGGCAACAGCAGAGAGAUGUCUCAUAUGCUGGAGAAUCUCCCAGCAGGCUUUGAGCCACAUGGGUUGUCAUCAGAGGAGGGGAGGGAAUCUGUUCCAGAGAGUUUAUUCUAUAAAGAACAUCAUAAGUUUCAGAUGAGAGCUCAUAUGUACCAGGCUCGUGGGCUCAUUGCAGCAGACAACACAGGCCUGUCAGACCCCUUUGCCAGAGUAUCCUUCCUCUCCAACACUCAGUGCACUGCAAUAAUUAACCAGACUCUUACUCCAACUUGGAACCAGAUGUUGUUGGUACAUAAGAUGUCUCUGUACGGAGAUAUCAGUGAUAUAGUAAAAGAGCCACCACUUGUUGUUAUUGAGGUCUAUGAUGAAGAUGCACUAGGUAAACCAGAGUACCUGGGCUCCACCUCAGCUGUGCCAGUGGUCAGGCUCAAUAAUGAACCAUACACACCACCUCAACUGCAGUACAGUCCAAUUUUUUAUGGUAGCAUAUCUGGUGGCGACAUACUUGGAGCUUUUGAACUUAUCCAGACAGGAGAGAAUCCUUUACCUGAGAUAGAGAAAGCAGAGGGCCAGAUCUACCCUGUGCCCUCAUACAUCCGACCUGUGCUCUGCAAGUAUACAAUUGAAGUUCUGUUCUGGGGGUUGCGAGAACUGAAAAAGGUGCAGCUCCUUCCUGUGGAUCGACCCCAGGUUUUCAUUGAGUGUGCAGGAAAAGGCGUUAACUCCUCUGUAAUACAGAGCUACAAGAACAACCCAAACUUCACUGUUCUUGUUGACUCCUUUGAUGUGGAGCUGCCUGAGAAUGAGUACCUCCACCCUCCUCUCACAAUUACUGUUGUGGACUGGAGAGCUUUUGGCAGGAGCACUCUUGUGGGGAGCCAUGUCAUAAACAACCUGAGCUUGUUCAAAUACAAGCCUCCAUCUUUACCCCCUCCCAGACCUCAUCCACCCGAGUCAGCCAUUAUAGAGCCUGCUUCACUUCCUAGACAAAAGGGCACUGAAGCACAAACCAGUGAGGACAUACACAUAACUAUAGAGCAGGAGGAGGUCAGCAAACCUGCUACUAUACCUGAGCCAGUGCCUCAGGACAAGAAGGACAAAGUCUCUAGGAAGAGCAAGGCACGAUCUACCAAACGAAAGAAACGCACUGCUGCUGAUGAGUCUGCAGACAACGUCAUUGACUGGUGGUCUAAAUACUACACUUCAAUAGAGAAAAUUCAAAUGUUAAAACAAAAAGAUGGCAACCCAUUGUCAAACAUCUAUGACGCUGUACCUCCUCUUCAGAACUUGCUCACAGAUGGAAUAUCCAAUAUGGCUAAGACAUUGAAAGAGAAGAAAACAGAGAAUAAGUUGAAGAGUGUGCCUGAGAAUACCAGAAUUGCAACCUUAACGAUAUAUGACAAAGAGCUGGAAUCAGAGUUUGGCCCUUUUGAUGACUGGGUCAAAACAUUUAAACUGCUUCGUGGUAAGGCAAAUGAAGAAGAGGGCUCCAGUGUGGAGAGGUUUGUUGGGAAUUUCAAGGCUGGGUUUUGUCUGUAUAAACUGCCUGGUGGUGAUCAGGAAGAGGGUUUGGACUCAGGAGAGUAUAAAAUAAGCCAGGGUAUUCCCCCCAACUCAGCUGUAAAGGUCCUGAUCCGUGUCUACAUUGUUGCAGCCUCAAACCUCCAUCCAGCCGACCCUGAUGGAAAGGCAGAUCCUUAUAUUGUGCUGAAACUAGGAAAAACUGAAAUCAAAGACAGAGACAAUUACAUCCCAAAACAACUCAAUCCGGUGUUUGGGAGAUCGUUUGAAUUUCAAGCAACUUUCCCCAAGGAAUCCUUGCUAAAAAUUCUCAUCUAUGAUUUUGAUGUUGUUGGUGGAGAUGAUCUGAUUGGAGAGACACAUAUUGAUCUGGAAAACCGAUUUUAUAGCAGGCACAGAGCAACCUGUGGGCUCCCAAAUGAAUAUGCCAUUGAGGGCUACAACGCCUGGAGAGAUGCCAUUAAACCGACUGAGUUGCUGAUUAAGCUGUGCAAUGAAAACAAACUUGACUGCCCUCGCUUCACUCAUGGUAGAAUCACCAUUGGAGAAAAGGUUUACACCGGAAAAACAGUCUUUGUUGAUGAGGAUCAGGUAAUUGAGUCCCAUGAACAUUUGGCACUAAAGGUACUGCACAGAUGGGAAGAAAUGUCAGGUGUGGGCUGCAAAUUGGUACCAGAGCAUAUUGAGACUCGCACACUCUACAUAAAGGACAAGCCAGGCAUGGACCAGGGCCAGCUUCAGAUGUGGGUAGAUAUCUUUCCAAUGGACCUGCCUCAUCCUGGACCUCCUGUGGACAUUUCACCACGCAAACCCAAAGGAUAUGAAUUGAGAAUCAUAAUCUGGAACACAGAAGAUGUAAUUUUGGAAGACACCAAUUUUAUAACAGGUCAACAGUCCAGUGAUAUCUACAUUAAAGGAUGGAUGAAGGGGCUUGAGGACGAUGCCCAGGAAACAGAUGUCCAUUACAACUCUCUUACUGGUGAGGGCAACUUCAACUGGCGCUUUGUGUUCCCCUUCAACUACCUGCCAGCCGAGAAAGUGGUGGUGGUAAGCAAGCGUGAGAACAUCUUUUCUCUGGACAAGACAGAGCAGAAGCUGCCUGCAGUCUUAGUGCUACAGGUGUGGGACUUUGAAAGAUUGUCUUCAGAUGACUUUCUCGGCUCAGUAGAAUUAGACCUGCAUGGGUUUCCUCGUGGUGCCAAAACAGCAAAAGACUGUAAGAUGGAGAUGUUAAUUAACCCUAGUGACAAUAUAUCCAUCUUCCAGCAGAAACGUGCCAAGGGCUGGUGGCCGCUUGUGAAGGCUGAUGAUCUUACAGGAAAAGUGGAAGCUGAAUUCCACUUAGUGACCGUUGAAGAAGCGGAAAAGAACCCUGUAGGUCGUGCACGCAAAGAGCCAGAACCACUGGAAAAACCCAAUCGACCAGAUACAACCUUCUCUUGGUUUGUGAACCCCUUUAAGUGUUUCUUCCAUCUCAUCUGGAAGAACUAUAAGAAGUACAUCAUAGCUGCUCUGGUGCUGCUAAUCCUGGCACUGUUUCUUGCCCUGCUGUUCUACACGCUGCCAGGGGCGAUCAGCAACAGGAUUGUCAGUGGAUGAUCGAUCACUCUUGGUAACGAGUCGUUGGGCUCAUUUUAAUAUUGCACUGUUUGAUAUUAGCAUUUAUAUUGAUAGUCUCUCCUAUUUACAAACCUAGAAAGAAAUCUAAACUAUUAUCGAGAGGUGACUAUAAUGAGAUGAUAGCAAAUGACAAUUGCCAUUAACUGUGUCAUUUUUAGAGAUAUUUAUUAGGUCAGCCAAAUGUUGGAAUCUAAUUUUGGGGGUUGAUGUAAAAACACAUUAAUUUAUAAAAGGUAACUCAAAAUGUAUAAGAUUGUUAUUACAUUUCUGCUUGUAUAAUUGUGCUUUACGAAUUUGCUAAUGAUAGUAUAUAAGCUCACAGUUUUUGCAACACAAUUGUUUUUUAUAUGGCUCCAUAAGUGUUUUCGCUAGAAAAAUGUCGAGGAAAUGUUUUUGUUUAUCAAGUAAUUUUACAUCCAUUUUUCCAUAACAAUAUGUAAGAACUAACACAAUAAAAACAUUUGGUAAAAAUGA